UUGAAAUAAUCAUCUUGGGGCUGAAAAUUACACUCUCCAAUAUUGGGGAGGAGGCGGACUCAUCACUUUUCUCUGGUUGAGAGCCCGGUUUGUCGGUUAGGGUUCAAAACGAAGGUCAACUGGGAACUAAUCACCGAGUCGCCCCCCACCUUUUCCAAGAAAGAUGGAGCCCAAUGCUUCACAGUUCAAGAUAAUACUGGGAUCAUCUUCGGUAGCCCGUCGGAAAAUACUAGCUGAGAUGGGAUACGAGUUCACAAUCAUGUCUGCUGAUAUAGAUGAGAGAAGUAUUCGAAAAGAAAAACCAGAAGAGUUGGUAUUGGCCCUUGCGGAGGCAAAGGCUGAUGCCCUCCUAUCGAAGCUUCAAACACUUCAUGACAAUGAGACGGAUGUCAAACCAACACUCUUAAUCGCAGCUGACACAGUGGUGGUCUAUGAAGGUAUGAUCAGGGAAAAACCAUCAAGCAAGGAAGAAGCACGACAAUUCAUCAAAGGUUAUUCUGGUGGGUAUGCGGAAACUGUGAGCUCGGUUCACGUUGCGAAUCUUAACACUGGAUUCAGAAAAGGAGAAUGUGACAAGGUGGAGAUCUAUUUCCACGAUAUACCGGAUCAAGUCGUUGAUGACCUGAUUGAGGAGGGGAGUGUUCUGUACGUCGCUGGUGCGUUGAUUAUAGAGCAUCCUUUGAUACUACCCUGCGUUAAAGAACUGGUAGGAACAACUGAGAGUGUUAUGGGACUCCCCAAAGCUCUAACUGAAAGACUGUUAAUGGAGGCUCUCUAGUGCAACUCAGCAUUUUACCUGAUUAUUAACACUACAAAUUCGUGCACAAUGAAGUUUAUAACCUUCAUUCGUCCACUUACAUUUUUUGUUUCAUGUUCUUGCCUUCCGGUCUGUGAAAGGAUUAAUCAAAGAUUACCUUUUUAUUCUUAAGUUGAAGAUUAGCCUUUUCUGGUUCUCGAGUUAUUGAAAGCUUAAACUAUGCGCAUUUUCCCCCAAAGGACAUGGUUGUUUGACGUGACUAAUGGGGAAGGAAUAUAAAAUGACAUAGCAUAUGUUUCCCAUUUCAAUAAUA